ACAGCGCAACCAUGUUGUCACAGUUACCCGACACAAAAACAAAGUACAAUUAGUUUUUUAGCUGUUAUUUUAACUAGCCUACUUUUAAUUGCGUUAAAAGUACCGCAUCGGUCGGCAUGCACUUGUCGGUCUACUAUGUAAACUCCCUGCAUCUGCAAAGGGAGUGGAUCUGCCAUCCCUUCCCCCAUCAACACCACCAUCAUCACCGCCGGACCAGUGAACACCAGGCUUGGUACAUCAUUUCACCGUUAUGGCAAAUGAAUUCCCAGAAAGCAGAGAAGGAAAUGCCAACUCACGUCAUGCCAACCUCACGUCGUCUCUAGACUUGAGCACGUCUCUAGAUCACAGUGUGCAGACGCGGAUUUUUAAAAUCAUUGUCAUCGGGGACUCAAAUGUGGGCAAGACCUGUUUAACCUUCCGCUUCACCGGCGGAGCCUUCCCCUGUAAGACCGAAGCCACCAUCGGCGUGGAUUUCAGGGAGAAAGCCGUGGAGAUCGAGGGCGAGAAAAUAAAGGUGCAAGUAUGGGACACAGCAGGCCAGGAGCGCUUUCGAAAGAGCAUGGUGGAGCACUACUACCGCAAUGUGCACGCUGUCGUAUUUGUAUACGACGUCACAAAAAUGGCCUCAUUCCAGAACCUAAAGACCUGGAUUCAGGAGUGUAACGGGCAUGGGGUGUCAUCCACUGUGCCUCGUGUUCUGGUGGGUAACAAAUGCGACCUAGUUGACCAGAUCCAGGUCCCUUCCAACACUGCCCUCAAGUUUGCAGAUGCCCAUAACAUGCUACUUUUUGAAACAUCAGCCAAAGAUCCCAAGGAGAGCCAGAAUGUGGACUCCAUUUUCAUGUGCCUGGCGUGUCGUCUAAAAGCCCAAAGGUCCCUGAUCUACAGAGACGUGGAGAGAGAAGACGGCAGAGUGAGGCUGACACAUCAGCCCGACCCUAAAAGUAACUGCCCUUGUUGAGGACCCUAAACUGUGAAAUUAUUAACAUUGAUAAUUCACAAUGCAAGAAUGUGCCUGCAACUAAUUUUAGUUAGUUUAUGACAGCUGCUCCAUGAACUCUCUGUUUUGGGUGUGUGAUUAUCUUUUGUUUUCUGUUCUUUAUAUGCGCCAUUACUAAAAGGCAAGCCCCACAAUACCUGUCAAGAACAUGUUCAAGUUGCGUCAUCUCAAAAUCAAAGAUAGAAAUAAGAAAUUACAUUUCACUAAAAGACUCGUGGCUUGUUUAAGACAUUGCCUUUUUUGCAUUGUGGAAUUAUUUUCAUGACAAUUAAGCACAUUUUCCCUAUUGCAGUAAUGCAGAAAUAUUAAUAUAUUUUGUACUUCCUUUAUAUAAUGCUGAUUUAAAUAAAAAAAUUAUUACAGUAAUGAGUCUCUAAUGACAAUCAUCAGUUUAAAAAAACAUUAUCCAAAAUUAUCCAACUUUCAAAACAUUAUUUUGAGUUUUCUGAGGGAAAUGUGUUGAAUUUCCAUGAAAAAUAAUGAAAAAAAACAAAAAAAAAAUUUGAUAGCCCUAUAAUAGGUUUCAUUUUAUUAAAAAAAUACAACCUGGACAUGUUUACACAGGAUUUCACCCAUGUCUAACAAAUAUAUUUCCCAUCCUUCAUGCUUAGCUUAAUUCAGAGCACAUUUAACCACUUAAAUAAUCUUUAAAGGUCUGAAGAAACUUGACAUUUUUUGCAUUUACAGUCAUUUGUUUCUGUCACACAUUUGUUUAGAUUCAUCCAUCAGCAUACAAUCAAUCCAGAUAUUGCUUAGUGGAAUAUGGCAUAACAUCUCCAACAUAAUUGGAUGAUGGUCUUAAUGUUUUAUUUGUCAAGAACUGAGUAUUUUCACAUGAGUUUCUACAAUGAUCAUUUCAAAUUUGUAUUGCCUUAAAACAUUCAUUUACCACCAUUACAAGUACUUUUUCAUUGCCUUGUGGUUACACACUGCUAAAAUGUUUCUCCCUCACUAACUGCAUGGAUACAUCUGAAACCUGUUCAAAUUAGGAAACUAUAUUCUGAUGAUUAGCAUUAAAUAGUGGCCCAAAUGUUAAUGUUAAACCGAUAACACUCUUUUCCAUUUCCAUGCACCUUGGGAAAAAGUUUUAUGUAGCAUCACAGUAUUUCACCAGCUUAACGUGGUUCUUCCAAAUGCAUAAACUCACGUACAAAGGCAAAGUUCAAACAGGCCAGUGAUUGUUACAUUUUUAUUCAAAAGACCAAGUAAAAAAAUGAUUUUAACUUGACUGAGAAUAGCAGUAUGAGUGUUUCUCUGGAAGGGGUUGCUGAUAAUGUGUUGAUUAUGGAAUGAGAGAGUGCAAUUUGGUGCCCCUUUGAUUGUUAUUGUUUUUUGUUGUUAUUUUGUGUAACCUCUAUCCUCUGCUUAUUCAGUACUUUUGGUUCUACAAGAGAAGUUGCAGUUUUCUGUGUGGUUUCAAAUGCUUUCAGAUUCGUAAGAAUUCUCUGGUUUCAACAGUGUUAGCCUUAUAUCUACUGAAGAGAUUGAAGCCUUAUGAUUUGUCUUGUUUUGUGCCCUUGUAUGCCGUGUGACAUGUUACAGUGUGUAUGUUUGAUUUUGAGCACCAAAUUAAAUCUCAAUAUCCUGAAGCACUGAA